AUGGGAGAUCAAGCCGCACCAAUCCCUCCUACUCAGCCAAUCCGAGAAGGUGGACCUAUUCAACGAUCGUCCACAGCGAGUACCCUGCACCAUAACGAGUUUCAAGAUUCGUUCUUCUCAAGAGUCCAUUCUUUCUUCCGGCGAGAGACACACAUAGGUCAUGUCGGGCGUCACCCUUUGCGUGGUAGCCAGGACAUCGAGAUACAUACCUGGAACGGCCCAAAUGACCCGGAUAAUCCAUUCAAUUGGAGCAAAACAUAUAAAUGGGUGCUCACUCUGACGAUUUGUUUCAUUUCAAUCCUAACAGGUCUACCGGCGGGAUCGUACGGCGCCGGAAACAAAUACAUGGAACAACGCUUCCAUGUCCAAAACGAGCCGUUUCCAAACCUCGCAUGGGCUACAACGUCUUGGAAUAUGGGCGCUGCAUUCUGGCCCCUGAUCUUUGUCCCAUUGACCGAAUCUUCGGGGCGUAUGCCCGGGUACUUUAUCGCAUAUUUCAUUUUGGUCGUCUCACUAUUUCCUUCGGCCUUUGCCCAGAACUUUGCUACACUAGUCGUUACUCGAUUCUUCGGUGGCGGGGCCUCUUCGGUAUCUAUCAACAUUGUCGGGGGUAGCAUCAGUGAUGUCUGGUAUGGAGCCAAUGCUCGGAGCUUACCAAUGUCUCUAUUUGGAUUUACGAGUGUGGUUGGAAUAGCCCUGGGUCCAUUUAUCGGAUCAGCGAUUCAACAGAUUCACAAAAGCGACCCAUGGAGAUGGAUCUUCUACGUUCAGAUCAUUUACAAUGCUGGAUUGAUUCCGAUCUUCUGGCUCAUUCUUCGCGAGACCCGUGCAGAUGUGAUAUUAAAGAAACGUGCCAAGAAGCUCCGACAGGAGACCGGCCGUCCUAUCUACGCCGAAGCCGAUUUGGAUACCACCAGCGUCCUGAAGCUUGUGCAGAUCUCAUUCGAGCGCCCUACACGGAUGCUCCUCACAGAACCUGUAGUUAUCUUUUUCACUCUGUGGGUCAGCUUCGCGUGGGGAAUUCUCUUCCUCUUCUUCUCCAGUGUCGCCCAGACGUUUAGUGCAAACUAUGGCUGGGGCACAUUCCAGACCGGUCUAGUUCAGCUAGCCAUAUCGGUCGGAGCUGUGAUUGGCACAGUUUUCAAUCCUAUCCAAGAUUGGAUCUACCUCAGGUCCGCCCACCGAAAUACUGAGCGUCCGGGUAAACCUAUCCCAGAAGCCCGGUUGUAUACUUCUAUACCUGGCAGUCUGUUGUUCGCGAGUGGGCUCUUCUGGUACGGUUGGGCAAGUGUCGGGGACGGUUCUGUCCCGUGGAUCGUGCCGGCGCUAGGAAUUGGUUGCACUGGGGUGGGAAUCUACUCUAUCUAUAUGGCUGUGGUCAACUAUUUGACAGAUGCAUACGAGAAAUACGCUGCUUCGGCGUUGUCAGCUGCUUCAUUGGGACGCAACUCCUUUGGCGCUUUUCUGCCUCUUGCAUCUUUCCAGCUUUUCAACAACCUGGGUUAUGGCUGGGCUGGAUCGUUGCUUGGCUUUGUUGGACUUGCCCUGUCGGUCGUGCCUGUCGUGCUGGUACUGAAGGGGCCGGCUAUUCGUCGGCAAAGUCCAUUCAUGCGAGAGGCUAUGUUUGAUCCUGAAGACGACAGUGAAAAGGACCUGGCCUCCGAGAAGACGGAUGUGUGA